AUGGAAUUGCUACCGGAAGGCAAGAAAAAUGGCGUUCAAGUGUUGUAUGAAGAUCAGCAAAAAAUCAACGAGUUUUCCAAGCUUGUCAUGAGAAAAGAUGUUAUCAACAUGGAACUGGCACAAUUCAAGCAGGAGAAAGGAUAUUUGGACGACGUAGCGCUCGAAAUCGAAUUGGUCGACGAAGAAGAACAAAUCCAGUACAAAAUUGGCGAAACGUUUGUGUUCCUGCAACAGAGUGAAGUGGUGGAGCAGUUGGAAAAAGAUGGUGAGCUUCUCGACGCCAAAAUCGAACACCUGGAGGAUACAGACGCAGAAAUCGAUUCUCGUAUUUCAGAGCUGAAAACUGCGCUUUAUGGGAAAUUCGGUGACAACAUCAAUCUUGAACGCUAA